AGGCCUUGUAAUAAUGCUUGAAUUUGGGUGGCACACUCUUUCGCCUUCUAAAUACUCCGCAGACUUGCUUGCACAACACAAGUGCUUACGUGGCUUUACUAAAUUCCACUACUAGCCAUCUCAAUUAACUCUAUGUACCGAUCGGCGGCGAGGCGGCUGUUGCCGGCGGUGAUCUGCCGGCGCCCUCUUCGAUUACGCUCUCCUGCUCCUUUCGCAGCCCCAAUCGAACACCGGGCGUCGUUUUCAGCGGACGCCGCCGAGAACGCUCAAAAUCACAACCCUCGCAAUGCCGCUGCUUUCAAUUCGUCGUCGUCGUCAGAUGAAGGGCGGAACCCUAGAGCCACGGCUCGCCCCAAAGCUCACUGGCAGGAAGAGCAGGCGCGUGUUCUUCAGGCCUCUCUCCGCCACGUUCUUAGAGUAGGGUGGACUGAUGCUGCAAUGAUAGCUGGAGCGAGGGAGGUUGGUAUCUCUCCUUCUGUUGUAGGAUCUUUUCCUCGAAAGGAAGCUGCUCUUGUCGAGUUUUUCAUGGAUGAUUGUCUGCAAAAGUUAAUUGAUAUUAUUGACACAAAAGAGGAUUUGAAGAACUUGAUUCCGAGCCACCGGGUAUCCAAGCUUGUCAGAAUUCGCUUAGAGAUGCAGGCACCUUACAUCUCAAAGUGGCCUCAAGCACUUAGCAUACAGGCGCAACCAUUGAAUAUUUCUACAAGCUUCAAGCAAAGAGCAAUGCUUGUGGAUGAAAUUUGGCAUGCUGCUGGUGAUGAGGGCUCUGAUACUGAUUGGUAUGUGAAGCGCACAGUACUUGGUGGAAUAUAUUCGACAACCGAACUAUACAUGCUGACGGAUACUUCCGCAGAUUUUCAGGGCACAUGGGCUUUCUUGGAUGAACGAGUAAGAGAUGCAUUUGAUAUGAAAAAGACACUUCAAGAGGUAAAAUAUUUGGCCGAGGCGGUGGGUGCUGGGAUGGGAGGUCCUGUGCAAGGUUUUCUGAAGAAAAUCCUUCAGGGUUGAGUGUAUAUAAGGGUGGUAGGAAUAAUUUUACUUCCUCUUUCAUUUUACGUUGUCAGAUAGACGAUUGCAACUUUACCCUUUCAGUUCUAUAAUGUGCGAACUUUCUCUUCCCUUGAAGGAGAUAUAUUGUAUUGAAUGUAUCUUUAAUAAGAAUGCUAGCUUUUGGGCUCUGCUUAGAAGGUUUCAUCUCUAAUAUAUUCAUGAUCCUUUUUAUC